GUGUUAGCAAAGCAUCACCGAGCUUUUGCCCUUGAUGGACGUCUCAGUCACUACCCGGAGCAGCUGAAGAUCAAGCUUCAAGAUGGGGCCAGACCAGUCUGUUCCCCCAUGUAUGGCGCCUUUCUGCUGAAGUGGAAAGUGAUCGACAAGCAGUUGGAAAAAUGGUUCAAAUUGGGCGUGAUUGAGGCUUCAGUCAGCCCCUGGGCUUCGCCUGUUGUCAUAGUGUACCACAAUAACAAAGCGUGCUUC